AUGGCUAUCGAUUGGGAGUCGACGGCAGAGCUUGACAAAGACUCGGCGGUGUUCAUCAAGUUUAUGCACGCGCUAGCGGGGCUCUAUAUCUGGGAGGUUGCAACAUCGUUCGACUUUGAGUGGUCGUUCAUCACGGGCAAGCGGAAGUUCCAAUGGCCCUUGAUCUUUUAUUUCCUGGGUCGAUAUUCGCUAUUCUUUACGAUGAUCGGCAUCUUGAUUGCAUUGGACACGGAGACAGAAGUCAACUGUCAGGCGCUGUACACAUACAACCAAUUUCUGGGUGACGGCGCAGUCGGAUUUGCUAGCAUCAACCUGUCGAUCCGAACCAUCGCGAUCUGGUCCCAGAACAAGUACAUCACUGCCCUGCUUGUCUGUGUCAUCCUGGGACACUGGUCGAUCAUCCUCCAAGGUGUGCUGCUGAAAGCCGAGUGGGUACCAGGCGCUGGCUGUGCGAUCACACACACGAACAACACCAUCCUCGCUGCGACCUUUAUCUACUCUAUGGCCUUUGACGCUCUCGUCAUGACUCUAAGUGCGGUCAAGCUAGCGGGACGGCAGAAGAGCUCGCAGCUCGUGAAGCUCCUGUUCAAAGAUGGUCUCAUUUACUUCGUUGUUGCCUUUGCUGGUAAUCUCGUCGCCACGAUCUUCAUGUGCUUGAACCUCAAUGCUGUCAUGUCUGUUAUAUUCAAUGUACCGGCCGCCGUCGCGAGUACUAUUGCUGCAUGCCGUGCCGUGCGUCGCCUCACAAAGUUCUCCAGUCAAGGACCAGAAGUCUACUCUGCAAGUACACAUUCAGGCGGCGUCAAUUUCCGCUCGGCGCAAAACGGCGCCGCAAGCCAGAUCAAUGGCCGUGCAAAUAAAGACAUCGCUACUGGUGUGCAUGUGCAGAUGCAGACGUUCACAGUGGCGGAUGAGGACACACUCCCAACAUACCAUCAAGGCGGGUCUGAAAGACCCAAGCCCGAAGACCUCGAGUCGGCGCACUCGGAUCUCAGUCCAAUCGACUACAAGCCUGAGGCGCUAUAG